GGGGGUAAACUUCCCCUUUAAUAACUAGUCCUUUUUAUUAAUUUAUGAAAUUUGAUAUGUGUUCCUUUACUUUGGAACUUCUAACAAGCAAGUUAAUUAAACUGUCAAGUCAAUAUGAUGUAUUACAAUACUUUGAAAUCCACUUUGCAUACAAUUGUCUGGCAAGCUUACUAGUUGUGUAAAGUAUUGAAUAUAUAUCACUGGUCUGCUUUUGUUUAAAUUAAAGACUGCCAUUUUGUCCCUUAUGUAUUUCUGCCAGUGUGUCAGUCUCUAUUGAAGUUACAAGAAAUAUUUGUCUUUAAUAUCUAAAAACCUUUAUCUUCCGAAAUCUUUACUUUACAGCCAUGAAGACUAUUCUGGCCAGCAGGAAUGUAGAAAUCCCUGAGGGGGUUGAAGUAAAGGUCAAGGCACGUACUGUGACUGUCAAGGGACCACGUGGAACUCUCUCCCGGACGUUCAAGCAUCUCAAGGUCGAGAUCCGUGUUCUUUCCAAGACCAAGCUACAGGUUAUCAAGUGGUUUGGAAGCCGCAAGGAGUUGGCAUGCGUCCGAACUCUCUGCUCUCACAUCGAGAACAUGAUCAAGGGAGUCACCCUGGGCUACCGCUACAAGAUGAGGUCUGUGUAUGCUCAUUUUCCCAUCAACGUCAACGUCCAGAAUGAAGGAACCCUUGUGGAGAUCAGGAAUUUCUUGGGAGAGAAGGUCAUCAGGAGGGUGGAUAUGAGGGAAGGCGUCCAAUGUUACAACUCCACCAAGCAGAAGGAUGAGAUCAUCCUUGAAGGCAAUAACAUCGAACUUGUUUCACAGUCUGCGGCUCUCAUCCAGCAAUCCACCACCGUGAAGAACAAGGACAUCAGAAAAUUCCUGGAUGGUAUCUACGUCUCAGAGAAGACCACAGUAGAAACCGUUGAUCCAUGAACACACUGGCUGUGUGCAGGAGACCCUAAAAAAAUAUGAAAUCUGUUGACACUGCACUAUGUAAAUGUAUAAUAAAAGAUCUGACAUAGUCCUGCAGAGUUUACAAACCAA